AUGGGGAGCACAAGUCAGCCACAGCAGCUCCAAGUUGCCAUCAUCGGCGCGGGCAUCGCCGGUCUGACGGCCGCCAUAGCGCUGAAAGCGCAUCCUGGCAUCAAGGUUCAGAUCUACGAUAAGGCCACAGAGUUGCGGGAAGUUGGCGCUUCGAUCGCCUUGGGACCAAAUGGCCUACGUACAUUGGAAAAGCUGGGUAUUCACAACGCUUUAGACGACUCGAUCGCCUUCCGCAAUAAAUCGGGUUAUCCAAUGAUCUACCGCCAUUACAAGACUGGCGAGAUCGUAUCGGUAGAUCAGCACCACGGCAGCGUGGAGGCUCGGCACAAGACUGCGAGAUUCCACCGCCCGCAUCUGCAGCAGGCUCUACUCAAGCACAUCGAUCCUGCCCAUAUUCAACUCAAAAGGGCCUUCAAAACUAUUGAGAACGAAGAGUCAACAGGCAGGCUCAGGAUCACGUUUGCCGAUGGUACCGCUGUCACGGCAGACAUCCUCCUCGGCGCGGACGGCAUCCACUCUGGUGUGCGGAGCUUCUACGUCCCGUCAUCUCGGUCAAAGUGGACCGGCUGGACGGCAUUCCGCGCGGUGUACCCCGUCUCUCAUUUGUCUCACAUUCCCGAUGUCCCGGACGAGGCAGAGCACUGGUGGGGGAUCGAUCGGACGUGGUUCAUGUCGAAGCUCGGCAAAGAUCUUUUCUGCAUCGUCGCUUCCCACCAGAGCGACCCUGACGCUCCGGAUGCCCUGUACAAGGAAAAAGUCUGGAACACUGGCAGCGAUAUCGAGUUGCUCAAAGAGCACUACAGCGACUGGCACCGGCUGGUACGCGAAAUCAUCGAAGCAACGCCUGCGGAUUCGCUAAAGGUAUAUCCCAACGCUUCUGCCCACGGGCUUGAGAGCUGGGUCCUAGGUCAGGAUAGAGUGACAUUUGCUGGCGAUGCGGCGCAUGCCCAUGGUGGAGCUUUUGCGGCGGGUGGAAGUCUCGCCAUCGACGAUGCUUGGGCCUUUGCGGCAUCGAUCCAGCACGUCUUCCCCCCUUCUGCCACGAAGCUCCCAUCGGUAACAGACGUUGCGACAGCGUUGAAGUUGUAUGAGAAGACGCGGAAAGCUCACACGGACCGAGUGCUUGAUACAGUACAUUCGACGAACAAGAAGAAGGUCGAACGGUUGGCUGUGGUAGAGAAAGAUGAUGACUUGCGAGCGAGGAUGAAGAAUAGAGUUGAGCCUGUUUGGAUCCAUGAACACGAUGUAGAGUCGGUAUUCAGGCGGAUCUUGGCACAGGAACGAAGCUUUGAAGCGCCACAAGCGACGUCAGAUCCGUCAGAGGGGCAGAUAGAAAGCUGACUUUAGAUAAGGUACUAAGCAUAGGCGCCUGGAGACGAGCGGUCUUGAUAGCUUUCGCAAAAGAAUUUCCCAAUAAAUCCCUUGAGAGUCGCAGUCAUGAUCCUGUGGUAUCUGCUGCAAUGUCUUGUGGGUGUUUUCGAGUUCCAGAGUAACGACUAAUACGUAUAUCCCAUGAAGACUUUGUCUGAUUGUCUGCCGUUUGUGACAGAUCGCAGAGGAAGCGCUUGGAUCCUGUUUUGCCCAGCCUCGAGCGCGAAAAUACUUCGUUGGAAGCUGUACACACUUAGCCCGUGUCUAAUACAGAUGAAGUGACCUUCGCGAAUAAAUUCGAGAUGCUC